GGAGGAGGGGCGGCAGCACCUCACAAAAUGGCAGUGAAGUUGUGGCGCCUCUCCACUGUUGUAACUUUCUAGAAACUUGCCUUCUGGGAGUUAUGGGAAACGUGCCCCCUCACGUGCUUGGGAGUGAUGCUCAUGGGGAGGCGUCUCACCAGAAGCACCAAUCCGGAAAGGCUCAAGGCGGAUGGAAGGAAGGGAAGCUGACCGCUAUCGCGUGCCCUGCCCCAGCCUAACACUGGGAACCUGUGUGGGGCGCCAGAGUCCGAAAGAGAAGUUUUGCGCUCAGCAGGACCGCUGGCGCCAGCGGGAGAACCAGGAAGCGCAGCUCUCCCCUUAGCUGACUCUGGUGCUCUCUACAGGCGGCCUUCACUAUCAACUGCACAGCGGGCAGAGGCAGAGGAACACAGAACCUUCUCACACAGCGGGAUAAAAGGAUGCAGGCUUCUCCACUUCAAACAAGUCAACCAACUCCACCUGAAGAACUUCAUGCUGCUGCCUAUGUGUUUACAAAUGAUGGGCAGCAAAUGAGGAGUGAUGAAGUAAAUCUGGUUGCAACAGGGCAUCAAAGCAAAAAGAAACAUUCCAGAAAAUCCAAGAGACACUCUUCAUCUAAGAGAAGGAAGAAUAUGUCCUUGUGGUUAGACAAACAGGAAGAUGCUGCAGUCACUCACAGCAUUCGUGAAGAGAGGAUAAAUAACGGCCAACCAGCAGCUGAUAACGUCUUGUCAACUGCUCCACGAUGGCCUGGUAAUAUGGCAGCAGCAGGAAUUUCAUCCAUGAGUAUGAGAGAUCUGUAUGCUACCAUCGCUCACAAUAUCCGUGAAGAGAGGAUGGAAAAUGGCCAAUCUCGAACUGAUAAAGUCUUGUCAACUGCUCCACCACAGCUUGUUCAUAUGGCUGCAGCUGGUAUUCCAUCCAUGAGUACCAGGGAUCUGCAUUCUACCGUCACUCACAAUAUCCGUGAAGAGAGAAUGGAAAAUGGCCAACCCCAACCUGAUAACGUCUUGUCAACUGGUCCCACAGGGCUUAUUAAUAUGGCAGCAACUCCUAUUCCAGCCAUGAGUGCCAGAGAUCUCUAUGCUACAGUCACUCACAAUGUCUGUGAACAGAAGAUGGAAAAUGUCCAACCAGCACCUGAUAACGUGUUGUUGACUCUUCGACCACGGCGUAUUAAUAUGACAGACACUGGUAUUUCACCCAUGAGUACCAGGGAUCCAUAUGCUACCAUCACUUACAAUGUCCCUGAGGAGAAGAUGGAAAAGGGCCAACCCCAACCUGAUAACAUCUUGUCAACUGCUUCAACAUGGCUUAUUAAUGUGGCAGGAGCUGGUACUCCAGCCAUCAGCACCAAUGGCCUGUAUUCCACCGUCCCUCACAAUGUCUGUGAAGAGAAGAUGGAAAAUGACCAACCGCAACCUAAUAACGUAUUGUCAACUGUUCAACCAGUGAUUAUUUAUUUGACAGCAACUGGUAUUCCGGGCAUGAAUACCAGGGAUCAGUAUGCUACCAUCACUCACAAUGUCUGUGAAGAGAGGGUGGUAAAUAACCAACCACUACCUAGUAACGCCUUGUCAACUGUUCUACCAGGGCUUGCUUAUUUGGCAACAGCUGAUAUGCCAGCCAUGAGUACCAGGGAUCAGCAUGCUACCAUCAUUCACAAUCUGCAUGAAGAGAAGAAAGAUAACAGCCAACCAACCCCUGAUAACGUCUUGUCAGCUGUCACACCAGAGCUUAUUAACUUGGCAGGAGCUGGUAUUCCACCCAUGAGUACCAGGGAUCAGUAUGCUACUGUCAAUCACCAUGUCCAUGAAGCAAGGAUGGAAAAUGGCCAACGAAAACAGGAUAACGUCUUGUCAAAUGUUCUAUCCGGGCUUAUUAAUACGGCAGGAGCUAGUAUUCCAGCAAUGAGUUCCAGGGAUCUGUAUGCUACCAUUACUCACAGUGUUCGUGAAGAGAAGAUGGAAAGUGGCAAACCCCAAACUGAUAAGGUCAUAUCAAAUGUUGCACCACAGCUUGGUCAUAUGGCUGCAGGUGGUAUUCCAUCCAUGAGUACCAAGGAUCUGUAUGCCACCGUCACUCAAAAUGUCCAUGAAGAGAGGAUGGAAAAUAACCAACCACAACCUAGUUGUGACUUGUCAACUGUUCUACCAGGACUUACUUAUUUGACAGCAGCUGGUAUUCCGGCCAUGAGUACCAGGGAUCAGUAUGCUACCGUCACUCACAAUGUCCAUGAAGAGAAGAUUAAAAAUGGCCAAGCAGCAUCCAAUAAUGUCUUCUUGACUGUUCCACCAGCACUUAUUAAUAUGGCAGCAACUGGUGUUUCAUCCAUGAGUACCAGGGAUCAGUAUGCUGCAGUCACUCACAACAUCCGCGAAGAGAAGAUAAAUAACAGCCAACCAGCACCUGGUAACAUCUUGUCAACUGCUCCUCCAUGGCUUUGUCAUAUGGCAGCAGCUGGAAUUUCACCCACGAUUACCAGGGAUCUGUAUGUCACCGCCACUCACAAUGUCCAUGAGGAGAAGAUGACAAAUGGCCAACAGGCACCUGAUAACUCCUUGUCAACGGUUCCACCUGGUUGUAUUAAUCUGUCAGGAGCUGAUGCUACUGUCAUUCACGAUAUCCAGGACGAGGAGAUGGAAAAUGAUCAAACCCCUCCUGAUGGCUUCCUGUCAAAUUCUGAUUCACCAGAGCUGAUAAAUGUGACAGGACAUCGUAUGCCACCCAAUGCGUUGGAUUCUUUCUCUCACGACUUCACAAGUCUCAGCAAAGAUGAGCUGCUUUACAAACCUGAUAGUAAUGAAUUUGCGGUAGGCACCAAAAACUACAGUGUCUCUGCAGGUGACCCACCAGUUACAGCAAUGUCUUCAGUGGAAACUGUGCCAAAUACACCACAAAUAUCUCCUGCCAUGGCAAAGAAAAUUAAUGAUGAUAUAAAAUAUCAAUUAAUGAAAGAAGUUCGAAGGUUUGGGCAAAAUUAUGAAAGAAUUUUCAUUUUGCUUGAAGAGGUACAAGGAUCUAUGAAAGUCAAGAGACAAUUUGUUGAAUUUACCAUCAAGGAAGCAGCAAGGUUUAAAAACGUUGUCUUAAUUCAGCAACUCAAGAAGGCGCUUAAAGAAAUAGAUUCCCACUGCCAUCUCAGAAAAGUUAAGCACAUGAGAAAAAGAUAAUUGUGUUAGUGCAAAGACCAAGGAGAAACAAGGACAUAUGCUGUAGGAUGGAACAGGUUAUUGCUGAAGCUUCCUAUAAGCCUGAAAUGAAGAGAAUUCCCUUCCAGAAGCUACGAAAAAGGGAGCUGUUUAAAUUUAAUAAAUCUCUGUUAGUAAAAGCUGCA